AUGGAUAUAAGCAAUAAGUCAAAACCACUUUGUUGUCUGGAUGUUAGUCAGGAAGGGUUAAAAAAACUUCCAGUGAAAGUAGUAUUUUGUCUGAUUGGGAUAUGUUAUUUAGCAGUCAAUGCACUAAUUAUUUUUGUAUUACCAUUGUUGUAUUCUCUAGUUACAGUCAUAUUUUGGUUUAUUAUAGCGCAGGGAUUGGUGUACUUAAUCACAUAUAAUUAUUACCAGUGCCAUUACGUGACUGCAGAAUGUAUUCCUAAACAAUAUUAUCAAGUUGAUGAAGAAAAAAAAGAAGAGGAUCAAUACUGUGAUAUUUGUAAGAGAUAUAAGGCAGAUAGAGUUCACCAUUGUAAUGUUACAAAUCAAUGCAUUUAUAGAUAUGACCAUUAUUGUGCAAUGGUAGGAAAUAGUUUGGGGUAUCAUAACUAUAGAUAUUUCUUUUUAUUCCAAUUUUAUCUAUGGGUUGCAUUAUUAUUAGCAGACGUUCAUUUGUACAAGAUAGUUGUAUAUGUUGGUGGUUCACAUUUCUAUUAUGUGUUUAUAGUUCUUUUAGUAUUAUUCUUCGGUAACAUGACAUUUGCUUUAACAAUGAAUGUUAUAGCAGUGAUGUUUACAAUUACAUUCAAUUAUACUAUGAAAGAAGUUGUUGAUGACUUUGGUCAAAUGAUUAGAGAACGUAGAUUUAUCAAAAACAAAUAUUACAAAUCCAUUCUUUUAAAUUGGAAAGAAGUGAUGCAAGUUUCUCCAUCAAAACCACUUUGGCUAGGAUUUCUUCCAACUCCACCAUUUACGUCAUUAGAGAAGUUAAGCAAUUAA